AGCUUUGCUAAGCAACAGACGCCAUUGACAAGCAGAAAAAAUGACAGGUGAAAAAGCUACAAUGGAACCUCCACAGAUAUACGUGGAAAGAACUCUUGCUAUUGUUAAACCCGAUGCUAUUCACAAAUCAGAGGAAAUUGAGGACAUCAUUUUGAGAUCGGGAUUUGCUAUUUUGCAGAAAAGGCGUGUUCAUUUAACACCUGAACAAGCCAGUGAUUUUUAUGCAGAGCAUUAUGGUAAAAUGUUCUUUCCAAGUUUGGUUGCCUAUAUGAGCAGUGGGCCAGUACUAGCACUUGUCAUUGCAAGGGAUCAAGCAAUAUCAUACUGGAGAGAACUAAUUGGACCAACUAAUGCUCUUAAAGCGAGACAGACUCAUCCAGACUGUUUAAGAGCUGUGUAUGGAACAGACGACCAGCGUAAUGCUCUCCAUGGUAGUGACAGCUUUUCUAGUUCAGAAAAAGAAAUUCGAUUUUUCUUCCCUGACAGUGUGAUUGAGCCAGUUCCUGUUGGACAAGCAGCCAAAGACUACCUGGCCAAGGCUGUCAACCCCACCCUACUGAAGGGCCUUACAGAACUCUGCAAACAAAAACCCAUCGAUCCAGCUAUAUGGCUUGCAGACUGGUUACUUGAAAAUAAUCCUAAUAAACCCAAAGUUCGCCAGCUGGUUCAGGAACCUAAAUAGGAAUAAAGACAAUGAAAUAUUUUAUAGAAUGAUUAUUAUGAAUCAUCCCUAUCUUCAGUUCAUCAAACUUUUGUGAUUUUACAUCCAUAUUUGUCAUAUGUAAAUACAUACUUGUAAAUAAAUCAUCCAAAUCCAA